AUGAAGACGGACUUCAAGUUCUCAAAUCUGUUGGGGACGGUCUACCGUCAGGGUAACCUGCUCUUCACUCCCGAUGGUACUUGCUUGCUUUCGCCAGUAGGCAAUCGAGUCACUGUCUUCGAUCUUGUGCAAAAUACUUCUUAUACCCUUCCCUUCGCCCACCGCACGAACAUCGACCGACUCGAUCUAUCCCCCAGAGGCAAUCUACUUUUGACUGUCGAUGAAACUGGUCGUGCGAUCUUGACCAACUUUCACCGUCGCAUUGCCAUCCACCACUUUUCCUUCAAGUCGCGCGUGUCCGCUCUCAAGUUCUCUCCAUCUGGCCGACAUUUCGCUGUGGGUGUAGGAAGACGCGUGCAAAUCUGGCAGACUCCCUCUACUCCCGGGACUGAGACAAAUGGCGAGAUUGAGUUCGCCCCGUUUGUUCUACACCGUGAUUCCGCCGCCCACUUCGACACUGUUCAGAGCAUUGAGUGGUCCAGCGAUUCGCGCUUCUUGCUCUCGGCCUCCCGUGAUCUCACAGCGCGCGUAUGGAGUUUGGACAAGGAGGAUGGGUUUGAACCCACCACUUUGGCUGGCCACCGCCAGGGCGUCGUGGGUGCAUACUUCGACGCAGCGCAAGAAUCGAUCUACACAGUCAGCCAAGAUGGUGCCCUGUUCCGCUGGGAAUACACAGCAAAGAUGGACCCCGAAACUGAUGAGGAAAUCGGCGAACCCCAAUGGAGAAUUGCUAAGAAGGAUUUCUUCAUGCAAAACGAUGCCAAAGUCAACUGCGCCGCAUUCCACUCCCCGUCUAGUCUGCUUGUGGUCGGCUUUUCCAACGGUCUCUUCGGACUUUACGAUCUUCCCGAAUUCAACAUGAUCCAUCAACUCAGUGUCUCCCAGAGCAACAUUGAUGUCGUUACUAUCAACAAAUCUGGCGAGUGGCUUGCAUUUGGAUCUUCCAAGCACGGUCAACUUUUGGUGUGGGAGUGGCAAUCAGAGUCAUACAUCUUGAAGCAACAGGGCCAUUUGGAUUCUAUGAACUCCCUGGUCUAUUCCCCAGACGGACAAAAGAUCGUUACCACUGCCGAUGAUGGAAAGGUCAAGGUUUGGGACGUCAAAUCAGGCUUCUGCAUUGUGACUUUCACUGAACACACCAGCGGUGUUUCCGCUUGUCAAUUCGCUAAGAAGGGAAGUGUCCUUUUCACUGCGUCAUUGGACGGAUCUGUGCGCGCCUGGGAUCUUAUCCGAUACCGUAACUUCCGCACUUUCACAGCCCCUUCGCGAAUGUCAUUUUCUUCCCUUGCGGUGGAUCCUAGCGGUGAGGUGGUAUGUGCCGGUUCGCCCGACUCUUUUGAUAUCCACGUGUGGUCCGUGCAAACCGGCCAACUGCUGGAUCAACUUUCUGGCCACGAGGGUCCUGUUUCUAGCUUGGCAUUCGCCGGUGAUGGUAACCAUCUGGUCAGCGGUAGUUGGGAUCGCACUGUUCGCAUCUGGAGCGUCUUCGGCCGUGCGCAGACUAGCGAGCCUCUUCAGCUCGUGUCAGAUGUCUUGAGCGUCUCUUUCCGACCCGACGGACAACAAGUUGCCGCUUCUACACUCGACGGACAACUUUCUUUCUGGAAUGUCACGGAUGCUGUUCAGGAGGGUAACGUGGAUGGUCGCCGCGAUGUUUCUGGCGGCCGUAAGGUGUCCGACCGUACCACCGCCGCUAAUGCUGCUGGAACCAAAUCGUUCAACCGCAUAACCUACAGCGCUGAUGGCAGCUGCAUUCUCGCUGCUGGAAACAGCAAGUACAUCUGCUUGUAUGACGUGAACACCGGAUCUAUGAUCAAGAAGUUCACAGUUUCAGUGAAUUUGUCACUGGACGGCACCCAAGAGUUCCUGAACAGCCGCAACCUCACCGAGGCUGGACCUCGUGGGCUCAUUGACGAAACUGGAGAGGCAUCUGAUAAAGAAGACCGCAUUGAUCGUACCCUCCCAGGCGCUAAGCGUGGAGAUGCCGGAGCUCGUACUACUCGUCCCGAAGUCCGAGUCACAUGUGUUGACUUCGCACCCACGGGUCGCGCAUUCUGCGCUGCCUCAACUGAGGGUCUUCUUGUCUACAGUCUCGAUACGGACUUCGUCUUUGAUCCCGUCGAUCUGGAUAUCACCAUCACCCCGUCCACCAUUCUCGCCACACUGGAUGCUGCUAAGGCCGCCGCCGAAGCCAACACCGUUGAUGACGACAACACCUUCCUGAAGGCUCUCAUCAUGGCUUUCCGAUUGAACGAGUCUAAGCUCAUCCGUGCUGUCUACGAAGCUAUCCCCCCUUCAGAUAUCUCCCAUGCAGUCCGAUCCGUGCCCACGGUCUAUCUGCCUCGACUCCUCCGUUUUGUCGCACAUGCUGCUGAAGAAACCCCCCCCAUCUUGAAUUCAACCUGUUGUGGAACAUUUGCCCCUGAGCUGCGCAUUGUCCAGCGCGCAAUUGAUGACAUUCGGGAGAACCUUAAGCGGAUGACGGAGAAGAACCUCUAUGAUCUGAACUAUCUGCUGUCCAAGCCUGUCCUCGCGGAUAAGAAGCCCGCCAGUGCCUUAUUGCCCAUCGCCGACGAUGAUGUUGAGGGUGGUGAUGAUCAAAUGGAAGAUGCUGAAGGCUCGGAUGGCGAGUGGAUUGGUCUUGAAUGA